AUGUACUCGUGGCUGAGCUUGAAGUACAACAAACAGGAGCGCCAGUAUGGUAUGAAGUGUUCCGUCUGCUGUAAGUUCGCUCCUAACACCAAGUCUCCCUUUGGCAGUGCUGGAGUCGGUGCAAGGGAUUUUCAGAAUUCGGCGUGCCGCAACCAUGACCAGUCCAAGGUGCACCUCGCGUCCAUGGAAGCUGAACGACUCGCUGAAGGCACGGAGGUCGACAUCACACAGGUGAAGAAUCAUGUCGACAAGGUGAAGACCAAGCUGUCGCAGUACUACGUCGAGCCCGGCGCAUCCAACGGGCCAAACACCUCUCGCCUGAACAAGUUCCUUGCUGCACACGGCAGCAAGGACAAGCGCAAGGUGGAGCUCAAGGGAGUGGACGAGAACGACAAGCCUGCAAAAGCCGAGAUCGAGCUUCACGGGGACAUCAUCGACCCUGAAAACCCUGGGGGGGGAUGA